AUGUCAGAUUUUAUUCAAUGGACAUAUGAAAAUAGAUAUCAAAUCUCUAUUGAUUUGGCAGCUGGGUCUAUUAGUGGAAUAGCUAAUUGCAUUUCAAGUCAUCCAUUGGACACAGUUAAAGUCAGAAUGCAAAUGUCCGAAGAUGGAGUUGUAACAACACUACGAAAAAUUAUAAACAAUGAAGGAGUCAAAGGUUUCUAUAAAGGAAUGUCUUUUCCAAUACUCUCUAUACCAAUAACAAAUGCGGUUGUGUUUUCAGUUUAUGAAUUCUGGAGAAAAUUUUUUAUUGGAAAUUCCAAUAAAUAACUUACAUAUUUCCAAACAGCAUUCUGUGGAAGCAUAGCUGGAAGUUCUGCUGCAUUAUUCUCGUGUCCAAUUGAAUUAACAAAAUGCAAAUUAUAAAUGCAAGAAACUGAAAAAAUCUACAAAAAUCCGAUUGAUUGUGUUUUCUAAAUUUACAAAAAAGAAGGGUUAAAAUAUAUUUUUAGAGGAAUGCAUGCUACUCAAUAAAGAGAAAUUCUUGGGUAUUCUGCUUAGUUCGCAGUUUAUGAAUUCAUCAAGGACAUACUUUGUGAUUUAUCUUAGAAGGCAGAACCUUCAACAGCAAACUUAUUGAUUUCAGGGGGUCUAGCAGGCGUUUCAUGUUGGACAAUAGGAUAUCCUUAAGAUACAAUUAAGACCAUCCUCUAAUAUGUUAUGAUGGAGGGUUUUUGGAUUGUUUCAGUUCUGUUUGGAAAGGAUACUCAGUUUGUGUCUUUCGGGCAUUUUACGCUAAUGCAAUCGGGUUUUACGCGUACGAAUUGGCCAAAGAAUAACUAACCUCACUCUAUUAAUUUUGAUGUAAAUAUAUUGAAUGUUUAUAUUUCUUUUAAAUUUUGUACAUAUUAUCUAAUAAUUUAGAUUGUAAUUAAACAUUGUAACAGAUAUUUUAUAUUGAGUUUUGGAAAAUAUCAGUAAGAUAUUUAAAUUAAUAUUGCUCCAAUAUCUUAUGGGUAAUAAUCGUCGAAUAUGACCUACUAACUCAGUUAUAUUUGCAAUUUACUUUUAUCGCUCCCCGAUGUCAAUAUAAUAAACUAUACAGUCAGAUAUUUAAUUAAGGGAAAAAACGUAUAUAAAUUAUGA